AUGAAAGUCUCAACAUUGAUCGGCUCUCUGGCGCUGGGCGCUUUGCCUGGUGUCAAUGCGGCUUCAGGCUCGGAAUUUGAACGUGACAGCGCCGCGGUUGUAGCGGAAGUCAUUCGUCGCGCUCUUCCUAAUGCUCCUAAUGGAUACACCCCGACCAAUGUUAGCUGUCCGUCCAGUCGGCCGUCUAUUCGUAGUGCCGCGAAGCUCUCUACAAAUGAGACCUCCUGGCUUGAGACCCGUCGCAAGAAGACCAUUACGCCUAUGAAAGAGUUUUUCAGCCAUGUCUCUGUCGGCGACCUCGAUGUCGGUGCAUACAUCGAUAAGCACUCUUCGAACGUGUCCAAUCUCCCCAACAUUGCUAUCGCGGCGUCGGGUGGUGGUUACCGUGCUAUGUUGAACGGUGCCGGUGGUAUCAAGGCAUUUGAUAGCCGCGUGGAAAACUCCACGGCUUCGGGUCACCUGGGUGGUCUGCUGCAGUCAGCCACUUACGUUGCUGGUUUGAGUGGUGGUAGUUGGUUGGUUGGUUCGAUUUAUAUCAACAACUUCACGUCCGUCGCGGAUUUGCAGACCUACUCGGCUGGUAACCCGUGGCAGCUUGGAAACAGUAUUUUCGAGGGCCCGGACACUGGCGGCCUUCAGCUGCUGGACACGGCUGAAUACUUCACGGAUUUAGCAGAGGCUGUUGAGGACAAGAAGAAGGCCGGUUAUGAGACCUCGCUCACCGAUGUUUGGGGCCGUGCUCUGGCUUUCCAGAUGUUCAAUGCUAGUAAAGGGGGAAUUGAAUACACCUGGUCGUCCAUUGCUAAGACUCAGGACUUCAUUGAUGGUAACUACCCAAUGCCGCUGGUCGUUGCCGACAGCCGUGUCCCCGGUGAAAUCAUUGCUUCUUCCUAUUCGACGGUGUUCGAGUUCAACCCCUGGGAGUUUGGUACCUUCGACCCGACGAUUUAUGCAUUCGCCCCUCUUGAGUACAUCGGUUCCCGCUUCGAGAAUGGCUCAAUCCCCAGCAACGAGACCUGUGUGCGUGGAUACGACAACGCCGGCUUCAUUAUUGGAACAUCUUCCACCCUCUUCAACGAGGCCAUCACUGCACUGGGCAGUAACUCGUCCAAGAUUACCACGUGGGCGAAUGAUAUUCUCAAGGAUCUUUUUGCCGAGUUUGACAGCUCAGACAACGAUAUCGCUUCCUAUGAGCCUAACCCCUUCUACGGGUAUAAUGAUGAUUCCUUGGCCACUUCAUUGGACCUGGAUAUCGUCGAUGGUGGCGAGGACGGUCAGAAUAUUCCUUUGCACCCACUUAUCCAACCCGACCGCGCGGUCGACGUUAUUUUCGCUAUCGACUCCUCCGCCGAUACCGAUUAUUACUGGCCUAAUGGAACCUCGCUUGUGGCCACCUACGAGCGUAGCCUGAAUACCAGCGGUAUUGGAAACGGCACCGCCUUCCCCGCUAUCCCUGACCAGAACACCUUCAUCAACCUGGGUCUGAACACUCGCCCGACUUUCUUUGGUUGCAACAGCACCAACAUCACUGGCACAGCCCCUAUUGUUGUCUACCUCGCCAACCACCCUUACUCUGCCCAGUCCAACACCUCGACCUACCAGAUGACCUACGAGGAUUGGCAGCGUGACAACAUUAUCACAAAUGGCUACGAAGUCGUUACCAUGGGCAACGGUACCCUCGAUGGUAACUUUACUGCUUGUGUUGGUUGUGCUAUUCUGAGCCGCUCUUUCGAACGCACUGGUACUACUCUUCCCGAUAUCUGUACUCAGUGCUUCACCGAGUACUGCUGGAAUGGUACCACCAACUCUACCACGCCUAACACCUAUGCCCCUGUGGAUAUCCUGGCAUCUUCGGAGGCUGGCAUGUUCAUUACCCCCACCGUGCUGUCUACUGUUGCUGCAGUGACCGCGGCCUUCUUCACCCUGGUAUAG